AUGCGUGAUUCCUUCUUCACUCCCUUCCUGAACGUCACUACCUACCGCCUCAUGAACUGGAUGUAUGGACCUUCCGAUAUGAAAUCCAUCUCAGAAAUAGACAGUCUCGUCCACAAUGUGCUGCUCGCUGAUGACUUUGACCCCACCCACCUCCAGAAUUUCAGUACUGCACGAGAGCUGAAACGACUAGACACGCAUUCUAACACUUCGAAUGCAUUCUCGGCUGAUGAUGUCUGGGUUGAAGGCUCCGUCAAGAUUCGCUUGCCCAAGGAACACACUAGGUUCAAAUCCGAGGAUGAGGCCCCUGAGUUCGAGGUCUCCGGUAUCUACUACCGGAGGCUUUUGGAAGUCAUCAAGGCUGCUUAUCAAGAUACUGCAGCACGCACAUUCCACUGGAUACCAUUCAAGCUCUUCUGGCGCCCUCACUAUGACAGCUCUGACGAUUCUGACUCGGACGAUUCAAACGACGACGCUGGCGACAUCCGAGUUUACACCGAGUUGUACAACUCUGAUGCCUUUCUCGAGGAAGAUGCGCACAUACGUUUAACCAAGUAUGUUCGUGGCAAACCAAGUUCUUUUGCCACGCACCAUCUUGCAUAUCUGCCCACGUUACCGAAUUCACUGCAGGACUUCUACCGAGAAACAUUCGGUAUUGCCACCACGACUGCCAUUCUCAAGUACUGCAAGCGCGAACUCAUGCAGGCCAUCUGGAUGCUCUUACUUGAUCCGGAGUUCAUGCGCGCAUAUGAACAUGGCAUACUCAUCCUCUGCGGUGAUGAAAUCCUGCGGCGGCUGUUCCCUCGAUUCUUCACCUACUCUGCUGACUACCCAGAGAAGUAA